CGGCUAUAAAAAGAAGCUGCAGGUUGGUCAGUUGUCACAGCACAGAAGCGAAAGCGGUAAAGUUGCCAACUACAGUUAGUUAUCCUUUUGCGUCGCCGAAAAUAUUCGAUGAAUCUGUCUAGCCUUUUCCUUCUGGCCCUCGUGGCAUCCGUUGCUAUCUGCUCCGGAUCUGCCCACAGAAUAAGCCGGCCAGUGUCUCCAAAGGAGCCGUGUCAUGCCACUACCACCGCUCCACCAUGUGAGACAAUAACCACCACUACAACAACCCCAGAGCAGCCACCCUGUGAGCCGACAACCACUACAACACCAAAGCCCGAUGAGCCAAUAGAGCCGACAACCACCACAACACCUCCUCCAUGUGAGACGACGACCACUACCACUACGACAACAACCACUACAACGACAACCACUACCACAACUACAACAACCACAACCACAACUACAACAACCACAACUACAACAACCACGUCUACACCUCCAUGUGAGACGACAACCACUACAACGACAACCACUACCACUACAACGACAACCACUACCACAACUACAACAACCACAACUACAACUACAACAACCACGACUACAACAACCACGACUACACCUCCAUGUGAGACGACAACCACUACAACGACAACCACUACCACUACAACGACAACCACUACCACAACUACAACAACCACAACCACAACUACAACUACAACAACCACGUCUACACCUCCAUGUGAGACGACAACCACUACAACGACAACCACUACCACUACAACGACAACCACUACCACAACUACAACAACCACAACUACAACUACCACGACUACAACAACCACAACUACUACAACAACCACGACAACAACAACGACAACAACCCCGGAACAGCCAGACUGUGAGCCAACAACCACAACAACCCCAAAACCAGAUGAGCUCCCCUGUGAGCCAACAACCACUACAACACCAGAGCCAGAAGAGCCAACCACCACCACAACACCGCCUCCUUGUGAGACGACAACCACUACCACUACGACAACCACCACUACGACAACAACCACUACAACAACCACUACAACGACAACCACUACCACAACUACAACAACAACAACCACUACAACAACGACCACGACAACAACAACCACCACAACAACCACAACAACGACAACCCCAGAACAGCCACCCUGUGAGCCAACAACCACUACAACUCCAAAAUCAGAUGAGUCCCCCUGUGAGCCAAUAACCACCACAACACCAACCCCAGAUCAGCCUCCAAAUGAGCCAACAACUACCACAACCCCACCUCCAUGUGAGACAACAACAACAACAACCACUACGACAACGACAACAACCACUACAACAACCACUACAACAACCACUACAACGACAACUACUACCACAACAACCACAACUACAACAACCACUACCACAACAACCACAACCACAACAACCACAACUACAACAACCACAACAACUACAACAACCACAGAACAGCCACCAUGUGAGCCAACAACCACCACAACACCAAAACCAGAUGAGCCCCCUUGUGAGCCAACAACCACCACAACACCAACCCCAGAACAGCCACCCUGUGAGCCAACAACUACCACAACACGACCUCCUUGUGAGACAACAACCACUACCACUACGACAACAACCACUACGACAACAACCACUACGACAACAACCACUACGACGACAACCACUACUACAACCACAACAACAACAACUCCAGAACAGCCACCUUGUGAGCCAACUACCACAACACCAACUCCCUGUGGUAGAACCACUCCUCCCCCUAAAGCUCCCUGCACCCGCACCACAACUUCUGCACCACCUUGUGAAGAGACAACCACACCGGCCUGUGAUACCAAAGGUGAUGAGAGUACUUCCGGUAAGCAGACAACCAAGCCAGCUAAGAAUAGCAUUGCUAAGCCAAGCAGCACCAUCAAAGCCACCGUCUCAAUCGGAACCAGUGCCAUGUGCGCUAACCGCGCCGAAGGAACCAUAAUCCAGGACCCGAAUCAUUGCAGGAGGUACUAUGAGUGCCGCGGCGGACGUCGCCUGUUGCGCAAGUGCCGUUCUGGUUUGUGGUACGACUCGGAGGCCGGAGAGUGCCUGCCACGCAGUGAGGUCCUGAACUGCCCGGCUCAACGUAACUAAAACCCUUUUGCCCCCUUCAGUCAACUGGAAUGGGGCCAGAGCUUGCAUUGUUCCUUGCUAUCCGUAACCAACAGUAACCACCUACUCAAUAAACAGCAUAUUAAUCACAACCAAGACCAUA